GCUGUGAGGUGAAGACAGUUGAAAAUCACCCCACUGCAAACUCCUCCCCCUGCUAGGGAACCUCUCUUUGAAAUGCUGUAAAUGACGCCAGCCCUGGGUGCAGUCGGGGGAAGUCGGGGUUUCCAGCGAGGACACAGCGGGCCGUGAUACUGCCUGGGACAGGCUUCAAGCAUGGGGCUCUGGGGCUGGGAACUGCGCUGGACCGUCGCCCUGCUCCUCUACGCGGCGGGGGCUGCAGUGGGCAACAGAUGUGAAAGAAAUGAGUUCCAGUGCCAAGACGGGAAAUGCAUCUCCUAUAAGUGGGUCUGUGAUGGCCGCCCAGAGUGCCAGGAUGGCUCUGAUGAAUCCCAGGAGACGUGCUUGUCUGUCAGCUGCAGAUCCGAGGACUUCAGCUGUGGGGGCCGUGUCAACCACUGCAUUCCUCAGCUCUGGAGGUGCGAUGGCCAGGUGGACUGUGAGAACGGCUCGGACGAGCAAGGCUGCGUCCCCAAGACGUGCUCCCAGGAUGAGUUUCGCUGCCACGAUGGAAAAUGCAUCUCCAAGCAGUUCCUCUGUGACUCAGAACCAGAUUGCUUGGACGGCUCAGACGAGGACUCCUGCCCGAUGGUCACCUGCGGCCCCGCCAGCUUCCGUUGCAACAGCUCCACUUGCAUCCCUCAGCUGUGGGCCUGUGACAACGACCCCGAUUGCGAAGAUGGCUCGGAUGAAUGGCCGGAGCGCUGUGGGGGUCUUGACGUGUCCCAACAGAACAAUGGCCCCUGCUCGGCCUUCGAGUUCCAGUGUCGAAGUGGCGAGUGCAUCCACUCUGGCUGGCACUGUGAUGGCGACCCCGACUGCAAGGACAAGUCUGACGAGGAUAACUGCACUGUGGCCACCUGCCGCCCUGAUGAAUUCCAGUGCUCUGAUGGAAACUGCAUCCACGGCAGCCGCCAGUGUGACCAGGAGAAUGACUGCAAGGACAUGAGCGAUGAAGUUGGCUGUGUUAAUGUGACACUGUGCGAGGGGCCCAACAAGUUCAAGUGUCACAGUGGCGAAUGCAUCGCCCUGAACAAAGUCUGCAACUCAGCUCGAGACUGCCGGGACUGGUCGGAUGAACCCCUCAAGGAGUGCGGGACCAACGAAUGCUUGGAUAACAACGGCGGCUGCUCCCACAUCUGCAACGACCUUAAGAUUGGCCACGAGUGCCUCUGCCCCGACGGCUUCCAGCUGGUGGCCCAGCGAAGAUGCGAAGAUAUUGACGAGUGUCAGGACCCUGACACCUGCAGCCAGCUCUGUGUGAACCUGGAGGGCAGCUACAAGUGCCAGUGUGAGGAAGGCUUCCAGCUAGACCCCCACACCAAGGCCUGCAAGGCUGUGGGCUCCAUUGCCUACCUCAUCUUCACCAACCGGCAUGAGGUCAGGAAGAUGACACUGGACCGGAGCGAGUACACCAGCCUCAUCCCCAACCUGCGGAACGUGGUCGCUCUGGACAUGGAGGUGGCCAGCAACCGAAUCUACUGGUCCGACCUGUCCCAGAGAGUGAUCUACAGCACCCAGCUUGAUGGAGCCCACGGCUUUUCCUCCUACAACACCGUCAUCAGCAAGGACCUCCAGGCCCCCGACGGGCUGGCCGUGGACUGGAUCCACAGCAACAUCUACUGGACCGACUCUGUCCUGGGCACCGUCUCCGUCGCGGAUACCAGGGGUGUGAAGAGGAAAACGCUCUUCAGGGAGACCGGCUCCAAGCCAAGGGCCAUCGUGGUGGAUCCCGUUCAUGGCUUCAUGUACUGGACUGACUGGGGCAUCUCCGCCAAGAUCAAGAAAGGGGGCCUGAACGGUGUGGACGUCUAUUCGCUGGUGACUGACAACAUCCAGUGGCCCAAUGGCAUCACCCUAGACCUUCCCAGGGGCCGCCUGUACUGGGCUGACUCCAAACUUCACUCCAUCUCAAGCAUCGAUGUCAAUGGGGGCAACCGGAAGACCAUCCUGGAGGACGAGGACAGGCUGGCACACCCCUUCUCCUUGGCCAUCUUCGAGGACAAAGUAUUUUGGACAGAUAUUAUCAAUGAAGCCAUUUUCAGCGCCAACCGCCUCACAGGCUCCGAUGUCCAUUUAUUGGCAGAAAACCUGCUGUCCCCAGAGGAUAUGGUCCUUUUCCACAACCGCACCCAGCCAAGCGGAGUGAACUGGUGUGAGAGGACCACCCUGAGCAACGGCGGAUGCCAGUACCUGUGUCUCCCCGCCCCCCAGAUCAACCCCCGCUCACCCAAGUUUACCUGUGCUUGCCCCGACGGCAUGCUGCUGGCCAGGGACAUGAGGAGCUGCCUCACAGAGGCUGAGCCCACUGUGGCCACCCAAGAGACCUCCACCGUCAGGCGAAUGGGCAGCUCCACAGCUGCACGGACCCAGCACACAACCACCCAGCCUGUUGCUGACACCUCCCGGCUACCUGGGUCCACCCCUGAGCUCACCACAGCAGAGAUAGUGACAAUGUCUCACCAAGCCUUGGGUGACGUUGCUGGCCGAGGAACUGAGGAGAAGCCCAGGAGUGUGGGGGCUCUGUCCAUCAUCCUCCCCAUCGUGCUCCUUGUUUUCCUCUGCGUCGGGGCCUUCCUCCUCUGGAGGAACUGGCGGCUUAAGAGCAUCAACAGCAUCAACUUUGACAACCCCGUCUACCAAAAGACCACGGAGGACGAGGUCCACAUUUGCCGCAGCCAGGACGGCUACAGCUACCCCUCGAGACAGAUGGUCAGUCUGGAGGAUGACGUGGCGUGAACGUCUGCCUGGCGUCCCGUUCCUGCCCACGACCCUUCCUGAGACCUCGCCGGCCUUCUGUUUUAUUCAGAGACAGAGAAGACCACAGUGUUGCCUGCCAGAGCUUUGUUUAUAUAUUUAUUCAUCUGGGAGGCAGAACAGGCUUCGGACGGUGCCCGUGGAAUGGCUUGGGUUGGGAUUUUUGGUUUCUUUAUUUCCUUAUGAAGGAGAAGAGAAACAGGCCCAGGGGGCCGCCAGGAUGAUGCCUCCAUUUCUCUCUGGGAAGUUGUGAGUUUCUCUCCAUUGUGACACAAUCUCCAAAGAGGUGAGGAUGAAAGGGAAGGGGAUGCAGGCCCAGAGAAGCCAGUGGCUUUCAACACACGACAGCAGAUGUCGCUGACGGGACCCCGGGCGCUGCCUUAGAGUCCACCAGUCUCUAAGCCGAGCCCCUAAACUCAGGAGUCCAAGCAUUUACCUCUUCUGUACAAGCCUUGCUACACAGGCAAGGUAGCCUUAACCCGUCACCCCCGAAUCAUGACCCACCCAGUGCCUUUCAAGCUGGGUUUGUACCUUCCUUCAGCCAGGAAAGGGAUUAAUGGCAUUGCUACUGAUCUGGCUGAAUCCUGGGUGCCAGAGGCGGUGAUGCCAAUCAAGACCAAACUCAUCUGGCCAGGCGUGAUGGCUCACACCGGUAAUCCCAGCACUUCGGAAGGCUGAGGCAGGCGGAUCACCAGAGGUCAGGAGUUGGAGAUCAGACUGACCAACAUAGAGAAACCCCAUCUCUACUAAAAAUACAAAAUUAGCCGGGUGUGGUGCCACAUGCCUGUGAUCCCAGCUACUCAGGAGGCUGAGGCAGGAGAAUCGCUUGAACCCAGGAGGCGGAGGUUGCGGUGAGCCAAGAUUGCACCAUUGCACUCCAGCCUGGGCAACAAGGGCGAAACUCCAUCUCAAAAAAAAAAAAAGAAACUCAUUCACCAAAUGAUGCUACUUGUCACAGGGAGAGCUGGGGUUACUGAUAACUCUUAAUAUUUAUUAAGUGCCUGAGACACCUGGUUGCCUUGCCCAUGAGGACACCAGCAUCGUGUCCGUCCACCUCACCCUGCCCCACUUCCUUUCCCUUGGUCCCUGUGCACUUUCUCGGUUCAGAGUUGUACACUAUGUAAAUCCAGCAUUGCUGUUUUGUUUUGCACUGUUUUCUGUCACGUGCAUUGAGGUGGGAUCCCAGGCCAGGGAAGGCCCAUAUCAGUGAAUGCCAGAGACAGAGAGGGCAGGGUGGCUGGGACUGCUAAGCGAGGUCCUGAAUAUGGAGAGCUGCCUUGGUCUUUUUUACAUCUGCCCGCCCAGUGCCUCCCCUUCUGCGCAGAUGCCUCCAAGCCAUUCACCUCCCCGAUCUUGUCGUUGGUGGGCACGAUGGCCCACCCCUGUAAUCCCAGUACUCUGGGAGGCCGAGAUGGGCAGAGCACGAGGUCAGGAGUUCAAGACCAGCCAUAUCAGUAUGGUAAAACUCCGUCUCUACUAAAAACACGAAAAUUAGCUGGGUGUGGUGGUCCAUACCUGUAAUCCAGCUACUCUAGAGGCUGAGGCAGGAGAAUCGCUUGAACCCAGGAGGUGGAGGUUGCAGUGAGCUGAGAUCACACCAUUGCACUCCAGCCUGGGCAACAAGAAUGAAACUCUGUCUCAAAAAAAAAAACAAAAACCAUGCAUGGUGUAUGAGCACCCCGUGGCCUCUGGCCAGGCAUGGCGAGGCUGAGAUGGGAGGAUUGUUUGAGCACAGGAGUUUGAGGGUGCAGUGAGCUAUGAUGAUGCCACUGCACCCCAGUCUGGCCAUGAAGUUGGCCAGACACAGGUGGCUCAUGCCUGUAAUCCCAGCACUUUGGGAGGCUGAGUCGGGAGGAUCCCUUGAGCUCAGGAGCUGGAGACCAGGCCUGAACAACAAAGUGAGAUCCUGUCUCUACAAAAAUUAAAAAAUCAGUCAAGUGUGGUGGUACAUGCCUGUGAUCCCAGGUACUCGGGAGGCUGAGGCAGGAGGAUCACUUGAGGCCAGGAGGUAGAGGUUGCAGUGAGUUGUGAUCACGCCAGUGCACCUCAGCCUGGGCAACAGAUCAAGACCCUAUCUCAUAAAUAAACCGUUUUAAAAAAUAAAGUCUCCCGUCUGGAUUGUUUCACGGGACUUCAGAUUCUUUCUGUAAUGGCCCUAAAUGUUAUUGUUGCACUGACGUCCUGAGAGACAGUGGCAGCCUCCCUCAGAUUCCUGUCUGCUGACGCUGCAAGGGAUUGGCGAUUGUCCCCAGGGGUGAAACACUGUGGCCCUACCCCCGGCCUCCCGCUGCAGGGAACCGUGACAAGCUUUCCUGGUUUUAGCACAUGCACAUGCGUCCCUGUACAGGUCGCAGGGUGUUUUGUUAUGUUUGCACUUUGUAUAUUGGUCGACACUGUUAUCACUUACAUGUAUAUAAAUCUAUUUAUUUUUGCAAACCCUGGUUGCUGCAUUUGCUCGGUGACUAUCCUCGGGGCCCUGAGUAGGGGGUUAUUGUCUCUGAAAUGCCUCUUUUUUUUCUUUUUCUUUUUUCAAGUGUUUUACUUGGUAGCCUCUUCUUUAUGUACAAAGAUUAUAUGCACAAAUUGGACUGUGUGCGACAGCUUUUGGGAGAAUGAUGUCCCCGUGGUAUGUAUGACUGGCUUCUGGGGGUGGAUGUCACUUUUUAAACCACUGUAUAGAAGAAUCUGUAGCCUGAAUGUCCUACUGUGAUCAAUUAAAUUUCUCAAAUGGAA